CGCGGGAGCGUCCCGGCCGCCAAGGAAACCAAACGUCAGCAGCCAAUAAAAGCAAAUCCACCGUCAAAGACAUAGUGGGAAGAUUGCAAAUGAUAUUGUCAUUACUAAAUGCCACUGAAAAGACCCAGGUUAAAGAGAAAUGCAUACAGGAAUGAAAGCAGAUUGUGGCCAAAAGCCUUAAUUCCAUACACAAUUGACGAAGCUUAUACUUCGAAAGAGAGAGCGGUGAUAGAGAAAGCGAUGAAAGACAUACACUCCCUCAGCUGCAUUCGCUUCAAGAAGCACGCAGACGAAAAAGCUUACGUUGAGAUAGUCAGAGAAAAAGGAUGUCGUGCAGUCGUUGGAUACAUCGGGAGAAAGCAGAAACUGACUCUAGGCCAUGGAUGUAUUUGGGUGGCAAGGGUGCUCCAUGAGCUGCUACAUGUUCUCGGUUUCUUCCAUGAACAUACCAGACCUGACAGAGAUGAUUAUGUCACUAUAUUCACUGAUAACAUCAAGUCUGCCUCAAUUAACAAUUUCCGAAAAAUGUCUGAAUCUAAAGUGACAACAUUUGGACUUCCGUAUGAUUACUUUUCUGUCCUACAUUACCACGACAGAGAAUUUGCCAUCGAUCGUUCUCAAAAGACUAUUCAACCAAGAAAAGAAGUUUUGAUUGGAAAAGCAAGCGAACUUUCCAAGAUGGACAUUCUCAAACUCAACAAACUGUAUCAUUGUCCUAAAAAGUAUUACUAUGAGACAGAGGAUGACGGCUCUGGUCUAACUGAACUUGAAGACAAUUAUAUAAUCGUGUAG